GUUGAAAAAAAUAUUGUUUUAUUGUAGUAGCUAAGUAAAAUGUAUCUUUUUAAUGUAACAGCCUGUACAUUUACAACCGGCUGUAAAUAAACUGUUCCUUUUAGGUCUAUAUAUGUUCCUCUAGAAUUUAUUUCACUGCAUUUAGUAUUUUUAGAACUACCAUUACCAGUAUAUCUUGUGAAUCAAUAAAGUUUGUCUGAAUCUAACCAAAAUAUGUAUAUGGAUUAAGUUCUCAAAAUUUUGCAUCUGAAAUACAUUCAUUUCAAUGCAAUUCAUCUGCAAUAGGCCUACACAAUGUCUGCGCAUUUUCCACUUUUCUUAAUGCACAUUAAUGGAGUAUUACGGUAAAACGGCGUCGUUGUCAAGACAACCGCGCUUGCCCUGCUGGUGAAGGGACUGCUCUGUCAAGUGGCACUUAAUCCUCGCUUUACCUCCAUACCAACAAAUGUAUUGUUGUAUAACAAGCGGAAGUGGAUCUCAUAUAUUUUAGUCCCGUGUUAAAAUGGAAAACUACUCCCCUGACGGAUAUUCAGCGGGCCUCGAAGGACCACAUCACGAAGAGGUCAUAAGCGCUUCAAACGAAGCUGUUGCCUUCAUGGGCAACAUUGAUCCCGAAGAGCUGCAAAGGUGUGUCUUCACUGAUUACCUGGUUAGCCUGUCGGAAAGUGGACGAAACCUGGGGAAAUUCACUGUGUGUGUGGAACUUGCCUGCAAAGCCCAGCAGCCCUGCAUGCUAGUGCAUGCACAAAGCCAAGGGGCCAUUGAAGAGUCCCCUUGUGGGACCACAGUAACAGCUUAUGUUACAUGUGACCUGGAGGUGCUGGAGGAAGAUUAUUAUGAGUAUAUGAAGCUUGAGGGCCGCAGUUUGGAGAAAAGAUGUCACAUAGCCCAGCGUGAUGGUAAUAUUCUCAUCACUAAAGUUACAACAGAAGGACAGGAGGUGAAAGAGCAAAGUGCUGCUUUUCCCUUGUCUGUGACCAGGGGUCUCGUAACCGAAGGAUCCCACUUACUGCUGAUGCGUCUUUUUGCUCUCAAGGAGAAAGUGCCAGAAAACAUGAUUUUCAUUUCCAUUGACCAAAAUUUACACAUCAUCAGUACCACAUUUAAAGAGCUGGGUGUGGAGAAGGAGGAGAUUGGUGGAGAGAGUGUGGAGGUAUUUGGUAUAAAGAGGGCCCUCCUAUUUUCAGAGGACUGUCCCCAAACAUGGCAAUGCUACUUCCUGCCUGAUGGGCAUAUGGUCAGCAGAAUGCAGCUGGGGUCUCCAGUGGCUGUGAAGAUUUUGGAGCUUCCAUCACAUCAGGAGAAAGUGGUCAAGAUUGAGACAAAGUCCCUUUCCUGGGAGGAAGACAUGCAGAUGCGAUCCAAGUUUCUGGAUAGAAAGGAGGAGUUAAAGGUGGACCAUGCCUCCUAUCUGAGACGUCAUCCAGAGAUCCAAGCUCUAAUAUCUGACUUUCUGCAGUUUCUGCUUCUGAGAAAACCAGAUGAUGUGUUUCAGUUUGCCAGAGAGUACUUCCUCCCAUUCUCCUGCCAUCAAGCUCAAAGUGAAAGCACUCAAGCUGUGGAGCCUUUGAUAUAAAAAUAAUUGAUCUAAAAUUAUUCAUGACACCAUGACUGUGAUAAUAGACUACAUUCUUAUUUUCUGAUGUCCUAAAUGAACAGUAAGAGCUGUGCACUAAAUGUUUGGUUACUUAGAGACUAUUGUUAAACAAUCAUAUUGUUUCGUUUUUAUUUGUCUGUUUGUUUUUUACUAUAUUUGGGCACUUAUCGUUUUAUGAUUCAAAUUUGAAAGUGAAAACAGAAGGCUAGAGGAAAAUAUUAAACAAAACCUUUGACGCUGCUCAGCCACUUGAUGGUGCCAAAUUUCUUUACGUGAACUAAUUACAUUUGUACUUGGUUAGAAAUUUUUAAAUAAAAUCGUAUUUAGUAAGCCAUAUAUUUUCUGAAUUUGAAAUAAAUUACCAUUGAAUGCAAGGAUCAAUGAAAAUUCUGUACAUUUAGUCCAUGAAUCUGAUUUAGUCAUGACAGUUCCAUGAGGAUUGUUUUUUCGCGGAAGUGACAGUUUUGUGUUUCCUGUGAAAAUGAAACUAUUUACCAGGUGACACGGAAAGUUUUACCGCUUUUGUAACAAAGUUAUGUUGUCUUAAAUUAGUGUAAUUAGUGUCAGCACCUGUAAUGCUGUGGGUUUAUCCAUAUCAAAAGAGGGGAAAGCUUCGUUCGAUAUUUUACGAGACUAAGGAGUGG